AGAAGAAGAAGCGGAAAAGGAAGAGGUGCAGCAGCAGCUGCUGGUUUGUCGGUAAAUGUGUGCCGCGAGUUUUCGGUUUUAGCUAACUGUUAGCUUCAAGCAAACAACCUGAAAUAUGUGUUUACGAAUUGCGCGUUGUUUGGUCUCUGAUACCUUGAUUUUGUGAGAAUUUUCCCAAUUUCGUAACUUAAUUGCAGCCGUGGUUGGUCAAAAGUGUCUCCUCAAGAAAAUGUCUGUUGAUAAAGACGAGACCCAACAGAGGUUAAAGGCAGCAGUCCAUUAUACUGUGGGGCGCCUGUGUCAGAAGAUCGGAGAGGACCACCGGAGAGAGUUCAGUCGACAAGUCAUAGCAGCAAUAGCCGAGACAACUUUCAGACAAUGUGAUAUAUUUGCUAAAGACCUGGAAGCCUUUGCAAGGCAUGCUAAAAGAAGCACAGCGUCUGCGGAAGAUGUAAAGCUUGUAGCCCGUCGCAGUACUGCAUUGUCCAUCUACAUACAAAAUAAAAGUGAAGAACUGAACCAGGAGCAGAGGGAUUUGAAAAAGAAGAAUACUGGGAAGAGGAAGAGCAGAGACACUGAGGAGGAAAGCAGAGAAUAAAGGACAAGACACAGGCAGACUUGCAGCGUCUCACUUGUGCCCAACAUUCAAAUAAACAUGAAAGCUGACUAAUA